AUGCCGUUGGUUGUCCUAUGCGGAUUUCACGGUUGCUGCCCUCCUCGUGUCUCGCAACUUCACCCGAAAAGGAACAGACCACACGUCCCUUCGGAAUUCCACUUCCGUUCCACGCACCGUACUGAAGCACGGCAUUCUGCUUGUCUGUCAUUCGGGAAUAGCCUACCGAUAAUAGCUCCCUUACUCCCUGCAUCUCUGUGCUACGGUUCAAUGCUGCUGAUACCGGUGGUUUAGUACUGCUGGGGGAAUACCGACACUGCAGAGAGAGGGAGAGAGCGGAGAGGAGGAUGGUUCCUGGUGUAGGAGGAGGGAGGUGAUCAUGGCAGAGUGGUGCCUCUGACCCCCUCUCUAAAGAGCGGAGACUACCGCCUCAACUACCUCCCUCCUCCUCCCUUUCAUCCCAACCCCCUUACCCCACCCCCUCUAACAUUGACCUUACACCCCUAACGCCCCCCCCCCCCAACACGAGUCACCAUGACGACCUCAGCGUUGCGUCGCCAGGUGAAGAACAUCGUUCACAACUACUCCGAGGCAGAGAUCAAGGUGCGCGAGGCGACGUCCAACGACCCGUGGGGCCCCUCUUCCUCGCUGAUGUCAGAGAUCGCUGACCUCACCUUUAACGUGGUGGCGUUUGCUGAGGUCAUGGGCAUGGUCUGGAAACGCCUCAACGACCACGGGAAGAACUGGAGACACGUCUACAAGGCCCUGACGCUGCUCGACUACUUGAUCAAGACCGGCUCAGAGAGAGUGGCUCAGCAGUGCCGCGAGAACGCAUUCACCAUACAGACGCUACGGGACUUCCAGUACAUGGACCGGGACGGCCGGGACCAGGGGGGCAACGUGAGGGAGAAGGCCCGCCAGCUGGUGUCUCUACUCAGGGACGAGGAACGGCUCAGACAGGAGAGGAGCCAGGCGUUGACCACUAAAGAACGCAUGACGGCUGGAACAGGCGGAGGAGGAGGAGGGACGGGGGGAGGAGGAGGAGGGACGGGGGGAGGAGGAGGAGGGACGGGGGGAGGAGGAGGAGGAGGGACGGGACAUGGAGUGGUACCUCCAGCGUACCAACCAGGGCGAAGGACCAGUCAGCCAAAUAUGGCAGCUCACUACGGGGAAGAGUUCAUCCGCUCCCGGGGCUCGCCCUCCUCAUUUAACUCCUCUUCAUCCUCUCCUCGUGAAGCGUCUGAUCUAGAACAGGCCCGCCCCCAGACCAGCGGAGAGGAGGAGCUACAGUUACAGCUGGCCCUGGCCAUGAGCAGAGAGGAGAGUGAGAAGGACCAGCGGUGUCUCCAAGGAGACGAGUCGUUUUUGCAGAGAGCCCUGGGCGAGAACAGAAGGGACAGUCACACAGGGACAGGGGAGUCCGCCAUGUUGAAUCUGGUGGACAUCUUUGGCCCCUCUGAGGCUCCGCCCCCAACUGAGGACCUCUGGGAUGCCCAGCCUGCUGUGACCUCUGACCCCUGGGACUCUGUGGCAGUCCACUCCAACACUCCUGUGAUUGGUAGUCCCUGGGCGACCCGCCCCUCCUCCAGCAGCCCAACCAAUCCUUGGGCUCCGUCACGCUCUCCCACCUGGGAAGCUCCACCCACAUCAUCAUCCAGCCCUGUCAAUCACGGCUGGGAGAGCCCGCCCCCUCUUACAGGGGACGGUACUGAUAGGACGGAUCCCUUCUCUGUCAGGGAGGAGGAGGAGUGUAAAGGAGAAGAGGGACCACCCCAACCUGGCAGUCCUACUGGCCCAGACCUGUUUGGGGAGUGUGUCCUGUCCCCCGAGGUGAACGGGCGAGGGGGGGGCAGUCCGGAGAUGUUUGACCUGUCCCGUCUCGUCCCCCCCAAGGGCUACGCGGCCCCCCGGAUGUGUCGCACCCCAGAAGCCUUCCUGGGACCUACGGGGGCGUCGCUCGUCAACCUGGACGCACUCAUCCCCCCUAAUCCUCCUAGCAGGACCCACAACAACCCCUUCCUCUUAGGUCUGAGUGUCCCCUCUCCCACCAACCCAUUCCACUGUGACCAGCCCCGUCUCACACUCAACCAGAUGCUCCGUCCCUGUUCCACCUCCCCACUCCCCCCUCACACCCUCCCCUACAGCCCCUCUCUCCCCCUCCCUCUCCCACACCACACCCAGCCCUCCACCGGCCUCCUGGACCUCCCCUCUAACCUGCCCCAUCCCCUCCUCCCCCUCUCCCCCAUCCCAGCCCACCGCGUCCCACCCCAAUCUCACACACACAGCCACAACCCCUUCCUCUGAGACCUGAGGGGAACUGGCUCUACAACAACCCCUUCCUCUGAGACCUGAGGGGAACUGGCUCUACAACAACCCCUUCCUCUGAGACCUGAGGGGAACUGGCUCUACAACAACCCCUUCCUCUGAGUCUUGAGGGAAACUGGCUCUAUAACAACCCCUUCCUCUGAGACCUGAGGGAAACUGGCUCUAUAACAACCCCUUCCUCUGAGACCUGAGGGAAACUGGCUCUAUAACAACCCCUUCCUCUGAGACCUGAGGGGAACUGGCUCUACAACAACCCCUUCCUCUGAGACCUGAGGGGAACUGGCUCUACAACAACCCCUUCCUCUGAGACCUGAGGGGAACUGGCUCUACAACAACCCCUUCCUCUGAGUCCUGAGGGGAACUGGCUCUACAACAACCCCUUCCUCUGAGACCUGAGGGGAACUGGCUCUACAACAACCCCUUCCUCUGAGACCUGAGGGGAACUGGCUCUACAACAACCCCUUCCUCUGAGACCUGAGGGGAACUGGCUCUACAACAACCCCUUCCUCUGAGACCUGAGGGAAACUGGCUCUACAACAACCCCUUCCUCUGAGUCCUGAGGGGAGAUGGAGAGGCAACUGGCUCUACAACAACCCCUUCCUCUGAGUCCUGAGGGAAACUGGCUCUAUAACAACCCCUUCCUCUGAGACCUGAGGGGAACUGGCUCUACAACAACCCCUUCCUCUGAGACCUGAGGGGAACUGGCUCUACAACAACCCCUUCCUCUGAGACCUGAGGGGAACUGGCUCUACAACAACCCCUUCCUCUGAGACCUGAGGGGAACUGGCUCUACAACAACCCCUUCCUCUGAGACCUGAGGGAACCUGGCUCUAUAACAACCCCUUCCUCUGAGACCUGAGGGGAACUGGCUCUACAACAACCCCUUCCUCUGAGUCCUGAGGGAACCUGGCUCUAUAACAACCCCUUCCUCUGAGUCCUGAGGGGAACUGGCUCUACAACAACCCCUUCCUCUGAGACCUGAGGGGACCUGGCUCUACAACAACCCCUUCCUCUGAGACCUGAGGGGAACUGGCUCUACAACAACCCCUUCCUCUGAGACCUGAGGGGAACUGGCUCUACAACAACCCCUUCCUCUGAGUCCUGAGGGGAACUGGCUCUACAACAACCCCUUCCUCUGAGACCUGAGGGGAACUGGCUCUACAACAACCCCUUCCUCUGAGACCUGAGGGGAACUGGCUCUACAACAACCCCUUCCUCUGAGACCUGAGGGGAACUGGCUUUACAACAACCCCUUCCUCUGAGACCUGAGGGGAACUGGCUUUACAACAACCCCUUCCUCUGAGACCUGAGGGGAGAUGGAGAGGCAACUGGCUCUAUAACAACCCCUUCCUCUGAGUCCUGAGGGGAACUGGCUCUACAACAACCCCUUCCUCUGAGUCCUGAGGGGAACUGGCUCUAUAACAACCCCUUCCUCUGAGUCCUGAGGGGAACUGGCUCUACAACAACCCCUUCCUCUGAGACCUGAGGGGAACUGGCUCUACAACAACCCCUUCCUCUGAGACCUGAGGGGAACUGGCUCUACAACAACCCCUUCCUCUGAGUCCUGAGGGGAACUGGCUCUAUAACAACCCCUUCCUCUGAGUCCCGAGGGGAGAUGGAGAGGCAACUGGCUCUACAACAACCCCUUCCUCUGAGACCUGAGGGGAACUGGCUCUAUAACAACCCCUUCCUCUGAGACCUGAGGGGAACUGGCUCUACAACAACCCCUUCCUCUGAGACCUGAGGGGAACUGGCUCUACAACAACCCCUUCCUCUGAGACCUGAGGGGAACUGGCUCUAUAACAACCCCUUCCUCUGAGUCCUGAGGGGAACUGGCUCUACAACAACCCCUUCCUCUGAGACCUGAGGGGAACUGGCUCUACAACAACCCCUUCCUCUGAGACCUGAGGGGAACUGGCUCUACAACAACCCCUUCCUCUGAGUCCUGAGGGAAACUGGCUCUACAACAACCCCUUCCUCUGAGACCUGAGGGAAACUGGCUCUACAACAACCCCUUCCUCUGAGACCUGAGGGAAACUGGCUCUACAACAACCCCUUCCUCUGAGUCCUGAGGGGAGAUGGAGAGGCAACUGGCUCUACAACAACCCCUUCCUCUGAGUCCUGAGGGAAACUGGCUCUAUAACAACCCCUUCCUCUGAGUCCCGAGGGGAGAUGGAGAGGCAACUGGCUCUACAACAACCCCUUUCUCUGAGUCCUGAGGGAAACUGGCUCUAUAACAACCCCUUCCUCUGAGUCCCGAGGGGAGAUGGAGAGGCAACAACCCCUUCCUCUGAGUCCUGAGGGGAGAUGGAGAGGCAACAACCCCUUCCUCUGAGUCCCGAGGGGAGAUGGAGAGGCAACAACCCCUUCCUCUGAGUCCUGAGGGGAGAUGGAGAGGCAACUGGCUCUACAACAACCCCUUUCUCUGAGUCCUGAGGGAAACUGGCUCUAUAACAACCCCUUCCUCUGAGACCUGAGGGGAACUGGCUCUAUAACAACCCCUUCCUCUGAGACCUGAGGGAACCUGGCUCUACAACAACCCCUUCCUCUGAGACCUGAGGGAAACUGGCUCUACAACAACCCCUUCCUCUGAGACCUGAUUUAUUUGCAAAUUAUGGUAGAAAAUAAUAAUAUUUUUUUGUCCCACUGUAUCUCCCUGUCUCACCCUCUCUGCCCCUCAUCCCCCAGUCUAACCCUCUCUGCCCCUCAUCCCCCAGUCUAACCCUCUCUGCCCCUCAUCCCCCUGUCUAACCCUCUCUGCCCCUCAUCUCCCUGUCUAACUCUCUCUGCCCCUCAUCUCCCUGUCUAACCCUCUCUGCCCCUCAUCCCCCUGUCUAACCCUCUCUGCCCCUCAUCUCCCUGUCUAACCCUCUCUGCCCCUCAUCCCCCUGUCUAACCCUCUCUGCCCCUCAUCCCCCUGUCUAACCCUCUCUGCCCCUCAUCUCCCAGUCUAACCCUCUCUGCCCCUCAUCUCCCUGUCUAACCCUCUCUGCCCCUCAUCCCCCAGUCUAACCCUCUCUGCCCCUCAUCCCCCAGUCUAACCCUCUCUGCCCCUCAUCCCCCUGUCUAACCCUCUCUGCCCUCUCAUCCCCCUGUCUAACCCUCUCUGCCCCUCAUCCCCCUGUCUAACCCUCUCUGCCCCUCAUCCCCCUGUCUAACCCUCUCUGCCCCUCAUCUCCCUGUCUAACCCUCUCUGCCCCUCAUAUCCCUGUCUAACCCUCUCUGCCCCUCAUAUCCCUGUCUAACCCUCUCUGCCCCUCAUCCCCCAGUCUAACCCUCUCUGCCCCUCAUCCCCCUGUCUAACCCUCUCUGCCCCUCAUCCCCCUGUCUAACCCUCUCUGCCCCUCAUCCCCCUGUCUAACCCUCUCUGCCCCUCAUCCCCCAGUCUAACCCUCUCUGCCCCUCAUCCCCCAGUCUAACCCUCUCUGCCCCUCAUCCCCCAGUCUAACCCUCUCUGCCCCUCAUCUCCCUGUCUAACCCUCUCUGCCCCUCAUCCCCCAGUCUAACCCUCUCUGCCCCUCAUCCCCCAGUCUAACCCUCUCUGCCCCUCAUCCCCCAGUCUAACCCUCUCUGCACGGGACCUAACACGCUUUACCAACUGGACCUAACUGGACUCAACUAGAUAAAAUCAGACCUAACCGGAUUAAACCAGACCUAAAUUGAUCAAACUAGUCUAAACUUGGUCAAACGGACAUGGUUGAUUGUAUUCUCAGACCCCCGUGCCUGUCUUGUCGACGGACCCACAAUGCUUUGCGACCCAGCUCCCGUGGCGUCUUGGAGGACCUCAGGGAGACCGCUUUCCCAGCCAACAAGAUUACACUCAGUGGAAGUGGACUUCUGGAUGGACAGAGAGAAUGUAUAGUCUUAUCUCUCUCAGAAGGAGUGAUGAGCUGUGAUGUCUUCUCUGCACUGACCGACAGAUGGACGUGGAUGUGUGCAUAGAGACACACAGGCUGCUGUAGGUAUUUAUUAGAAUGCUAUACAGUAUAUGAACAACUCUAUACUAAUAAAUGAUGGUGUUUGUUGCAUUGU